CCAUCCGCAUCCGCAUCCGAAGGCUCCAAAACGUGGCCAGUCGCACCCACCGCGCAACAAGUCUCCGCUAUCCUUCCUGUUCCCCUCCUCUGCUCUCAAUCCCCCCUUCCCUGCCUCCCUCCCCGGCGCUCCACCGGCUUCGUGCUGCCUGCGUUCGCCGCGCGCGGGGGAGCGAUCGAUGGCGUCGGGCGACAGCAAGCCUCGGAGCGAGGAGGAGUGGCGCGCCGUCCUCUCCCCCGAGCAGUUCCGCAUCCUCCGCCUCAAGGGCACCGAGUUGCCCGGAACUGGUGAGUACAACAAGUUCUACGGUGGCGGGGUGUACAACUGCGCUGGCUGCGGAACGCCCCUCUACAAGUCCACCACCAAAUUCGACUCCGGCUGCGGCUGGCCGGCCUUCUUCGAGGGGCUCCCUGGAGCCAUACACAGGACGCCCGAUCCUGAUGGUAGGAGGGUAGAGAUCACAUGUGCAUCUUGUGGUGGGCAUUUGGGCCAUGUGUUCAAGGGAGAGGGCUUCAAGACGCCUACGGACGAGCGCCACUGCGUCAACAGCGUUUCCAUCAAGUUCACUCCUGCCUCCUGAGUCCAGCUCUGAAAGUUAUUUGGAUGAACUUGUCAGGCCAUAAAACUAGUGUGAAAACAAAUAAUGAUUGGGUCUCAGUGUCUGUUCUCACGAAGUUAUGUGGAUGAAUUUCCCUGACCCGAAACUGCGGAAAGCGGGUAAAUAAAACAUGGGGUCUUGCAA